AUAACAUUCUGGCAUCAUUUGAGCAGUAGAGCAAAAAAAUGUAGUCUUCCUAAAUCUAAGUUUUUCAGGUACCUAAGUAAGGCAGCGUGUACUUUCCCAGUUUUCCAACAUGCCCUCACCAGCAAACAGAACAGCUGUUGAUAUGAUUCUCUCUUUAAACGCCUCCUGUAAAAGGCUUACCUCGAAACUAUGUGGCUUGGUGUCCGGUCUCAGGCCCGCACCCACAGACAGGCAUGGUGCAGCAUCCGUGGGAAAGGACCUAGGGUUUCCCCUUUUGGAAGAUGUCUUGAAUUCUGCACUUAAAAUGGAGCAGCAGUCGGACAUGUGGGCAUGCAAUCCAUGGAUGUUCCUCCCCAUCCUCUUCUGGGUUUUCACAACAGUAGGGCUUUGGGUUGUGUACUUUAUUGCUGUUGAGGAUGGAAAAAUAGCAUCACUUAGUUCAGAAUUCAAUGCAUCAGGAUCAUUGCGCCCCCCAUAUAUAAGCAUUGCAGGCAACUCCCCGCCAGCCAGCUGCUACUUCAGCCAAAUCAUGAAUAUGGCCGCAUUUGCAGCAUUCGUUAUUGGCGUCCUCCGAUACCUGCAGCUGAAGCCCAGGCUUCAGAAGCCGUGGAUGAACAUCAUCUGCCUGGUGGCCCAAUCACUGGCCUGUUUCGGGAUGAUGCUGGUGGGGAACUUCCAGCUUUCCAGUAAUGCCUGGGUGCAUAAUGUGGGCACUUUGACGACCUUCUGCCUGGGGAUAAUGUACUGCUGGCUCCAGUCGGUCCUGACCCUGACGGUCAACUUCAGGAAUGAGGGCUGGAGGGUCGGGAUCGCCCGGUUCCUGCUCUCUGGGGCCAUUAGCUUCUGCAUGCUGCUGUAUACCGUGUUGAAGAUUCAGCGUCUGCACAUACACGCUGCCCGGGCUCAGUGGGUCCUGGUCAUGUUCUUCCUGGGCUUCAUAAGCUCCUUCGCCAUCGAGUUUCGUCACUACCACUCAGGGUCGUCUGUAGCCCUGACAGGAGCUGCCGCUGAGCGGGAAGCAGACCUUCUCUGAAAUCUCGGACUUCCAGACCCCAGAACAUCCAUGUCAUGCUGUCUUAUUCGCCUCUAUGCUUUUAUAUCUCAUCCAGUAAGAACACAGCAAAUAUAUAAAUGAGGUUAGUUUUAGUCUUUUAUUGUCGAUUGCUAAAUAAACAUGUUCACUGGGGGAAAGAAAAUAAAGAUUAUAGACCACGCUUUGUUGGGCCACCCAAACAGUUCUCCUCACUGCAUGUGGGAAGGGAAAACACAAUUUCGGAUAUGCAGUCAGCAGUGCGGUUUAAUAAGGUAAGCUGAGAUUUGGGGCGGCCCAACAAAGAUAAAGACUUAAAGAGUUAUGCAGAAUAUCAGCUUCUUAUAAAUUUUCAUAAGCCAGUAACAUUAUGUCUUCAUGUGUUUAUGUAGGGAAACAUCAUCUUGGGGCGAAAUUUAGUUCAUAUUUACAUUAAACGAUUUCUUUAUCAUUGUUUUCAUGCAGAAUAUCCCUUUUUUGCUUCAUAUUCUAUCAUACUCAAUGCCAUGUUAAUUGAAAUGUAUUAAUGCAAAUAUCCCAUUUAAUACUUAGUGGUUGGAUUGGAUCAUUUUCAAAUUGCCAUUUUUUAUAUCAAAAAAGUUUGUUCUAAGGAAAAUAUGGUUGAUGCAGAGUAGCUCUCAUUGAGUUUGUUUGACAGUGUUAUAGGGCAGGGGUAGGCAGCCCUGAUCCUGCAGUGCCGGUAACCAGCAGGCUUUCUGUCCUACCUGAUGACCUACUUUCUGCCUAUCAGGUGUGGUUCCUCAGAAACCAGGCAGGAUGGAAAACCUGCAGGAUACCGGCGCCUCUGUAUCAGGGUUGCCGAGGCAUUGAGUGGGACUGAUUUUCAUCCCAGGAGUUUAAUGGCAAAGACCAGUCCAUUUGAUCUUUGUUUUGGGGGAACUUCAAUAAAUGAUGCCACAAGUUCAAGAUG